UAUCACCCGCAGCCACAACCGCUUUCCUCCCAUCUCCUGCAUCCACCAACACAAUUACCCAUUCAGAAUAAAACAAAAAUCAAUUCCUCAAGGGGGAUCCUCGGAAGAUAAGAUGGUGCAGCGCAUAAUUCACCACUGUAACACAACGGUUUGAAGAUCGAGGGGUCGCGUUUCAGAAGCGUCGUCCGAACUCAGAUCCAGAUCCAGAUCUGCUGUGUGUUGGCAAGUUGCCAACGACGACGACGGAUGUAGGUUGGUGUUCUAUUGUGCAUCUUUUACUUGUACGAAUUCAUUCUCUACUUGUGCUUGAUUCCACUAUUUGUCUUUCGCCCAUUGAUUGAAAGGUUAUUGCGGGGCAUCGUAUCAAUAUCGAAGACUCAAAAUAAGGAGGGGAAACAGAAGACAAGAUGAAAUACACACUCGUCCUAGGAAUGGGCAUGGGAUUGCUGGGCACAGCAUCAGCAGGAGGAGACAUGAUAAUCGAUUUCCCCGGCCUCCUACGCCCUCGAGCGAGUGCCGUCGCAGCAUCAUCUUCGACAAACCUCCUCGCCUUCUCAAGCGCACUAGGAGGACAAGCCGCAGAUCCCGUCACCUCGACGGGAGAUAGUACACGCCCGUUUGCCGUGGGGACAGAUACCUUUACGGACUUCGAGACUGCGGCGACGCGGAGCUGUAAUAAUCAGCAUAAUGCGUGUGCGGGCGUUGCGAACGCGAAGACGGUGAGCGGGUUGACGGUUGGGGAUUGUGAUACGCAGCAGACAUCCUGCGAAGCAGCAGCAGCAUCCGGACCACCCUCGUCCUUCACCGCGUCGAGCAACACGGGCACGACGACGGCGGCGUCUGUCGAUGUUGCUUCCGCGGCGGCGCAGACGAGUAGUAGUAUUGUGAGUGUGGAGAGUGUGGCUAGUACGAGCACGACUUCUGCGUUUGCGGUGCAGGGGACGCUGCAUAGUAGUGAUGAUAAUUUUCUGUUUUUUUGUGAUUGAGGAAGUGGAGAGAGAAGUGAUGGGAGGGAUGGAGAGGCGGGAUGGGGAGGACGGGGAGGCGUAAUUGGAAAUUGAAAAG